AUAGAUUUUAGCAAAGCGUUUGAUAAGGUUUUACACCUAGGUCUUAUGCAAAAGCUCUCGAGCUUUGGUAUAACAGGUGCUAUACAGGAAUGGAUAGGAAGCUUCUUAUGUGACCGCAGACAGAGAGUGAGAGUCAAUGGAACUCUAUCCGAAUGGAAACCGGUCAAAAGUGGUGUACCCCAAGGCACCAUCUUGGGCCCUUUACUUUUCCUUCUGUAUAUUAAUGAACUACCUUUAUUACUUAAGUCGUCGACGUUAUUGUUUGCGGAUGAUGUUAAAAUCUGGAGAACAAUAAGAAAUGAGACUGAUCGUUGUUAUCUACAAGCAGAUUUAGACGAAUUAGUUAGGUGGGCUGAUGAUUGGGGCCUGGAAGUUAAUUCCAGGAAGAGCGUGUUCAUGCACAUCGGGCACGAUAUUAGUUACCACUAUACCAUUAAUGGUACAUCUCUACCACGCGUUCAUGCGCAUAAUGACUUAGGAGUAAUUAUAAGUCACGACUUAAAAACUACUACGCACUGCAAUGCGGUUGCUUCCAAAGGCUAUCGAGCGCUAUGGUUGCUUCGCAGAGCAUUCAAAUGCUUUGACGAGGAUAUGUUUCGAAUUUUAUAUCCCACCUAUGUAAGGCCACACUUAGAAUACUGUAUCCAAGCAGCUAGCCCUUGUCUGAUAAAGGAUACUAAAUCGCUUGAGCGUGUCCAGCGUGUAGGGACAAAAUUAGUAAAGGGUCUUUCCAAACUCCCUUACGAUGAGCGUUUAAAACGUCUAAAUCUUUUCCCCUUAUCUUAUCGUAGGACGCGAGGUGACCUUAUACUGGCAUUUCGUAUCUUUAAUUAUGAUCUGGGUGUUAAUAUGUCUUACCUUUUUGCUCCCUCCAGCACUAAUAAUCUCCGGGGUCAUAGCAAGAAGGCUCUGAAACCGCGAUCUAAUAAACUAAAGGUGGGGUCCCGUUUUUCUCAUCGAGUGGUCAAUGACUGGAACGCUUUACCAGAACAAGUGGUAUCAGCACCAUCAGUGAACAUUUUCAAAAAGAAGCUGGACCUUCACUGGAAGGAAAUCUGUCAGGAUUAACACAGGUUCAUCAACCUACUAUCCUUAUUACUGAAGACUGAAGACUGAAGACUGUAAAUAAUGUAUGGUUCCCGUUCAAAUCAAACGUUACUUGACCGAACUAAAAUAUCAACUAGCUGGGUUGUAUCAUAUCAACACUAAUGUAUUCAGUCACAAAUCUUUGAUAAGAGGGAAACAAUAUCACGAUUGAUGAUUUGAUACUCACAUCCACCUUCCUAUCCUUUGUGUUUAUUCAAUAUUCCAAUAAACAUCAUCACUACGUCUACCUUUUUCACUUUGUACUCACAACAGCAGUUAUCACUUAAGUUUUAUAAUUCGACUUAUCAAUUUUGUGAGUUCCAUCAGUUUAUAAAAUGGACUGUCCAAUUGAAGAUAUCGACAAGAAAGAUCCAGUUGUAGAACAAAAUACUGAUGUAAAUUUCGUUUAUAAUGAUACUGAUGAAUACAGUGUAGAAAUUGCUGAAUUAUAUAGUUAUUCUGAAGAGCCUGAAUUUCAUAUAAAUCGUGAAUGUUUUGAAAAAGAUUUUCAUAAAUUUGUCUCUGUCAAAUGGUUUGAGGCUAGCAAUGCUGAACGUCAUUCACAUAUUCAACGAUUAUUAGAUCAUUUAGAGUCUAGUGAUUGUGAAAUACGUCAAAGAGCUACUCGAUCUCUGUUGUACUUGUUACAAGGAAAUUUCGGCGAUUGUGAAUUAGAGGAAGAUCAAAUAACAUGGGCUAGACAUAAUGUUUAUUUAUGCAUUGAAUCAGGUUUAUUACAAGCUAUUAUAGAACUUCUAUUGUUUGAAAUUCACUAUGAUUCAUGGGGUGUAAAUUCAAUUGGAAACGAUUCAGCAACCAACAAUACCACUUGUAAUGGAUCAACUAAACCUGGUCAAUCUACAGUAACAACAACUAUAAUUGAUGCAAAUCAAAAUUCAACAGUUACAUCAACUCGACAAUCAAAUAUUACAAUGAAAGAUAGUGCAAAUCUUCGUAUUUUAUUAUCUAUUCUAUAUAUUAUGGUUGAAACUGUUCGUGAUGGAAUGUUAACAGAUCAUACGCAACAACAAUAUCAACAAACUGUUUCAGUAAAUGAUAAACAUAUUCCGAUGACAACAAAUCAGGCUAAUAGUGAUCCAAUGGCAAAACUGAGAGAACAGUUUGUGGAAGAUUUAGCUAUGCCUAUUGAAAAAGACGGUGAUCUCACAUUGACUGCUGUACUAUUUGGUAUGAUUCAUCGUUUUUGCAGUGGUAUUGAUCCACAUUUUCCAAUGAAAAAAGUUCUCUUGUUACUUUGGAAAGUUUUACUGAUAACACUCGGUCCUUUGAGUAACUUAUUGGUACGUAAAAAUCAAGCACGUGCUCGUUAUGGUUUACCACCAGUUUCAGAGGAUUCUGUACAUGUAAUUCAAAAAGUUCGUGCAAGUAGUCCACCUGUAAUGUGUAUCACGGACCAAGUACUUUCUAGAAUGCAGCGUAAUAACACUAAUAAUAAUAUUAAUAAUAACAAUCGACAUCCAAUCAUAAGUCAAUCAAAUCAAUCUCCUCGACAAGGUAGUUUAGCUGGCGGUCGCUUGGCGUUUGAACAACAGCAGCAACAACAUUCUGUUGUCACUGCAGUAACUUUUCCAUUCUCAGCUGAUUCUUCUAAACUCCCUAUCAUUCAAAGUCAAUCACAAUCAACUGAGGAGUUUACAACAACUUCAGGCUUUGAUACACCUCGACCAAGUUCACCUGUAUCAUCAGAUACUAUUAAUCAUGAUGAUGGAACAAAUAAUCGUGAUACAAAUGAAUUGUUGACUUCAUCUAAUUUAAAUCAACCAAAUUUCAAUCAUCAUCAAGUUAUCCUACCAGGAUUAUCAAAUUUAUAUAUGGAUGAGAAAAGUUUACCAUGGAAACCGAAAGUUAAAAAAAGGGAUUUAGAGGCAUUUCUAACAAGUGUUCGCUUGAAAUUUAUUGGUUUUCAUGUACCUAAUGAUAUAGUCUCUUUGGCUGGUCUUCCUGAACCAAUUCAUGAAGCUAUACGUGUAAUGCGUGAACAUCUUUAUAUUUCAUUAGGUGAAAUGCAAAUUGAACGAGAAAAUGAAAUUUCUCAAAAUCCUCUGUCUAUGGUAGGAGAGUCUAUACCAAAUACACCAGUUGAACGACUCUAUCGUUCUAUGUAUCCUUUACUGCCACAAUAUAUGAUAGCUUUACUAAAGAUCCUGUUAGCUGCUAGUCCCACUUCACGUACAAAAACAGAAUCUAUUAAUAUUUUGGCUGAAAUGACACCAGAAACAAUGCCAACUGAUGGAACUGAAGAGACUAUACUUGAUAGUGAUAAUAAACGUCAUCGUGAAAUUAUUGUUAAAGCGAUAUCAGCUUUAUUAUUACUAUUAUUGAAACAUUUUAAAUUGAAUCAUAUUUAUCAAUUUGAAUAUGUCUCACAAUAUUUAGUAUUUGCUAAUUGUAUACCAUUGAUUUUGAAAUUUUUCAAUCAAGAAAUUACACUUUAUAUUACAUCGAAAAAUACACUUUCAUGUUUAGAAUUCCCAGCUCGUCUAAUUGGGGAACAAGAAGCACUAUCGAUCGAUAUGGUUUUUGGUGAUUGGGUUUCCUGUUGUUGGCGUAAUAUGUUUUCAUGUAUUAAUCUAUUAAGAAUAUUGAAUAUGUUAACUAAAUGGAAACAUUCAAGAAUUAUGCUUCUUGUAGUUUUUAAAUCUGCGCCAAUUCUAAAACGUGCACUACGUGUUAGACAUGCAAUGCUUCAAUUAUAUGUAUUAAAAUUAUUAAAAUUACAAAGUCGUUAUUUUGGUCGUCAAUGGCGUAAAAAUAAUAUGUCAAUUAUGUCUGCGAUUUAUCAAAAAGUUCGACAUCGUUUAACAGAUGAUUGGGCUUAUGGUAAUGAUGUUGAUGCAUUACCAUGGCAAUUUCAAGUGGAAGAAUGUUCAUUACGUACUAAUGUUGAUCAAUUUAAUCAACGUCAUUAUACUGAUCAUUGGUUUGAUCCUGAAUAUAAACCAGUUGAUAAUUGUUUAAUGAGUAUACUUAGUCAAUCUAUAGAAUUAUCUAAUGAAUUUAAAGAAAAUUAUGAAAAAUGGCUUGAAGAAGAAGUAUUCUCAGUACCAAUCAACUGGUCACAUGUAUUAGCUCAUUAAAAAGAAUGGGUUUCUAUUUGUAAACCUUUUGAUGAUUCAAAAGAUAGUUUACCCCCUUUUUUCUUAAAAAAACAAACAAAACAAUACCGGUUUAUGUUUUGACUUCGAAUGAAUGGUACCAGUACUAGUACUAAGUAAACAAAUAUUCAGUGCAAUGUAAUGCCUGUUUUGUUUAAUAUCUAAAUUUAUAGCUUAUAACA